AUGGAGAAUCAAACACUCACCGGAUUGUUGACAAGUGCCGCCAGAGAGUUCGCAUCACGGCGAGCCCUCUCGGUCUCAGGCAAGUUGGAUUUGACGUACGCUAGCCUCCAAGAACUCAUCGAAAGUGCCGCCACUCAGCUUGUCGCUGCUGGUGUAAGCGUCGGAGAUGUCGUGGCGCUCGUUUUCCCCAACACCGUCGAGUUUGUUAUAAUGUUUUUGGCAGUAAUCCGAGCGAGAGCCACGGCUGCGCCGCUCAACCCAGCCUACACAUCAGAAGAGUUCGAGUUCUACUUAGCUGAUUCAGAGUCCAAGUUCUUAUUAACCUCAAAAGAAGGAAACGACCCAGCUCAAGCCGCGGCUUCUAAGCUUAAAAUCUCACACGCCACAGCCGCGCUCUCCGAAGCCGACACCGAGUUCGCUCUGUCGCUAACUCAGUCUGAUUCGGACCCCAACUCGCUCACCAAACUCACCAACCACCCGAUAGACGUGUCCCUCUUCCUCCACACGUCAGGCACCACGAGCCGGCCCAAGGGUGUCCCCCUGACGCAGCUCAACUUGGCCUCGUCGGUGCUAAACAUCAGGUCAGUCUACAAACUCACCGAGUCGGACUCGACCGUGUUAGUCCUCCCACUCUUCCACGUCCACGGGCUCAUAGCCGGGUUGCUGAGCUCACUCGGAGCCGGAGCCGCCGUGGUUCUCCCCGCCUCGGGCCGAUUCUCGGCUUCAACGUUUUGGUCAGACAUGCACAAAUAUAAGGCCACGUGGUAUACCGCAGUGCCGACAAUCCAUCAAAUCAUAUUGGAUCGGCACUUGGGUAACCCGGAAUCUGAAUACCCGAAGCUCAGGUUCAUCCGGAGCUGUAGCGCGUCUCUGGCGCCGGCCAUACUGGGCAGGCUGGAGGAGGCAUUCGGGGCUCCAGUACUGGAGGCGUACGCGAUGACAGAGGCAGCCCAUCUGAUGGCGUCGAACCCGCUACCUGAGGAUGGCCCGCAUAUGCCCGGGUCGGUGGGAAUUCCGGUUGGUCAAGAAAUGACGGUGUUGGAUGAGAAUGGGGUGACUCAAGAGGUUGAGAUAAGCGGGGAGGUGUGUAUAAGGGGACCAAAUGUGGCCAUGGGUUACAAAAAUAACCCGGAGGCUAACAAGACCGCUUUUCGGUUUGGGUGGUUUCACACAGGCGAUCUCGGGUACUUUGAUUCAAACGGGUAUUUGCAUCUUGUUGGCCGGAUCAAGGAGCUCAUUAAUCGUGGAGGGGAGAAAAUAUCACCAAUUGAGGUGGAUGCAGUACUUUUGUCUCAUCCUGAAAUUGCUCAAGGAGUUGCCUUCGGGGUCCCUGAUGACAAAUACGGCGAAGAGAUAAACUGUGCAAUCAUACGAAGAGAAGGAUCAGAGAUUGACGAGGCAGAGGUACUGAGAUUUUGCAAGAAGACUCUUGCUGGCUUCAAAGUCCCGAAAAAGGUAUUUAUAAUUGAUUCUCUCCCGAAGACGGCUACUGGGAAGAUCCAACGGCGUUCUGUAGCGGAACACUUCCUUGCUCAAAUCUCUACCGCUAAAGUCCCUAAGUUUGGAGCCUAG